AUGGUUCAUUGGAAGUGGCUCCUCGUGUGGGGGCACUUCAUCCUGCUGGGCUCCGGCCGCGGGGUGUGCCAGGGCAUUGGCCGGAGGGGCAAUGCUCUUCGCCAGCUUUGGCCCCCACUGCGCCCCGGCGGCACGGGUACUCCGCCGCUGCAGAGGACCAGGUUGUCGCAGGCUGCAGCGCCAACCCAUCCUGAACAAUCCGUGGCUUAUAAGGACCUCUUGGCGCUCCUGUCUGUGGCCUUCGAUCAGCAGCGAAGCGUCAUGGCCACGCAGCAGAGCCGCAUGGAUCGGCUCCUGGCGGAGUUCGCGGAGUUGCGCCAGGAGCUCGAGGAGGAUCCCGAGCUUCAAAUGCUCUACGAGGAAGUUCGCAAGCAGCGAAAGGGAAAGGACAAGAAGAAGAAGAAGAAGGGAAAGUCCAAGAAGAAGGCCAAGAAGGCUCCGGACUCCCAGGAUUCGGCAGCCUGGAGGGCGGAGUUGUAA